AUGGCAACUCACCUGGACAUCCAGCAGUUGCAUCAACUUGUGCUGACCCUAGCACAACAGGUACAGCAGCACGAAACUCUUUUUUCAGAUCUUAUAGCUCUGAAAGAAAAAGUUUCCAUCCUUGAACAGGAAAAAUUUUUUCUGGAGUCAGAAAACAGCAAGCUCCUUUCUCGUGUCCGGACUCUCGAGUCAAAUUUUUCAAUGUCCGAAGGCGGCAUUCAGGUCUCUUCUGUCUCUCUCCCCACUCCCACUGCCACACACCCAGGCAGUGGUGAUUCAUCUAUCCAUGCCUCCUCUUGGGCAGCCAAGGCUGCUAAGCCUGCCUCUCUCCCUGCCCGUCCUGCCCGCGUUUCGCAGAAGAAACGAGUUGCUGCUGCCCGUGCCUUUGUGAGCCCUGCUGCCAAAGGUCCUCAGGGCUUUACAUAUGUGUACCUUGGUCGCUCAAGAAAGAUCAAUAGAUCUGAAGUCCGAUCUCGUCUUCGUCGCUCUGGUGUGGAUACUGGACGUAUCCUUGACAUCUCUUUUCCUGCUUCUGGUGUGCUUGGCCUCCUGAUGCAUGUACAGUAUGUGGAGCAAUUCACUGCUACCAUGCAAAAGGUAGGUGCUGAAUUGAUCGGUGGCUUCGAUCCUUUGGAUCCUAAGCACCUUGCUGACCCGAAGUUCGCUGCUCUCUCUGUUGAUGACCGUGCUCAACAAAUGCACUCUCUUGUGCAUGACCGUGCACUUGAUACUCUCUCUUUUGUUCGCCCUGUCGUUGUUGGUCCUCUUGCCCGCUCUUUCAUGGAGUUGGGUUGGAUUGAUCACGAUGAUCUCAAGACUGUUCUCUCUGUUGUGAGAUGA